GAUGCUUGAAAACUCGGGGCCGGAGCCAGCGUGCGCGGCGGCUGCAGACGGAGCGGCAGCGCGGUGCCAGCGGCUCACGGGAGAGGCUGCAGCCAGGUCCGGGACGCCGCGGACACGCUCCAGAGACGCUCUCCAUGCGCGCGGACCCGCCGCUGUCACACGCUGACCUCUUGGCCACUGAGCGGCUGUCGGUGCGCGGCGGAGCGGCUCGUGCGCGCGGCUGGCGGAGCGCUGCGUGCGGAGACAAGUUGGAGAAAGAACAGCUCUGAGGGACACCCCCAGCGGGACUUCACCAUGCCGGACCUCACGUCGCUGUGCGUCCGCCUCGCGCUGCUCCUGAGCCCGGUGUGGACGCAGCCCAUCACGGAGGACAUCGACGUGCUCGCGUUCCUGCCUCGGAACAACUCUUUCCUCUUCUCGCACGCCAGAGUCGCGCCGGCGAUCCGGUACGCGCAGCGGCGGCUGCAGGCGGCCGGCGGCCGGUUCUCCGGCUUCCACUUCAACCUCCACUUCGAGGACUCGGACUGCGUCAACCACGCGCUCUUCGCCCUGGUGGACAGGUCGUGCGGCCAGAAGCCGGACCUGAUCCUGGGUCCGGUGUGCGAGUACGAGGCGGCCGCGGUGGUGCGGCUGGCGUCCCGCUGGAGCAUCCCGGUGAUCUCGGCAGGUGCUCUGGCCACCGGCUUCAGGGACAAGAGGGGCGAGUACUCGCAGCUGACCCGCAUCGCGCCGUCCUACGUGAAGAUGGCAGAGACGUUCACCGCGAUGUUCGAGCACUUCUCCUGGAGGAGCGCGCUGCUCGUCUUCGAGGACGACAAGCAGGAGCGCAACUGCUACUUCACCCUGGAGGGGGUCUACCACCUGAUGACCGACUACCACAUCAAAACCUACUCCUUCUCCGAGGACGACCCCCUCGUCAUGGACGACAUCCUGCAGAGCAUCCACGACACUGAAGUGGUCAUCAUGUGCAUGGCCGCAGAUCCGAUCCGGGAGCUGAUGCUGGCCGCACACCGACGACAGCUGACCGACGGAUCCUACAUGUUCUUCAACGUGGAGCUCUUCAACGCCUCCACAUACGGAAACGGCUCGUGGAGGAGAGGAGAUAAGUAUGACAGCGACGCCCGGCAGGCCUUCGCCUCCCUGAACACCGUCACACUGCUCAAGACGCUCAAACCCGAGUUCGAGAACUUCUCCAUUGAAAUGUCCAAGUCCUCCGAGCAAAGCGGCGUCCACGACUGCCAAGACUGCGGAAAUGUCAACAUGUUCAUGGAAGGUUUCCAUGACGCCAUGCUGCUGUACGCCAUCGCCCUGCACGAAGCCAUGAAGAACGGAUACGGCAAGAAGAACGGCACGGAGAUCACGUCUCGCAUGUGGAACCGGACGUUCGAAGGAAUCGCUGGACAGGUCUCCAUGGACGACAACGGGGACAGAAACGGAGACUUCUCACUGAUGGCAAUGACCGACGUGGAAGCUGGAACCUACGAGGUGGUGGCCAACUACUUUGGUGCGAACGGGACUUUUCAGCUGCUGCCGGGAUUCAACGUGGAUCACUUCACCCUGAGAGGGAGACAGAGACCUCACCCAGAACCAGUGGACAAAUCAUGUGGACUCGGAGUCUCUGCUUUGACCGGAGUCAUAGUCGGCGCUGUGUUAGGAACUGUUAUGCUCAUAGCCUUCUACUUCUUCAGAAAAAACUACCGGAUCACCAUCGAGCGCCGCUCACACAGCGAGGACUGUGACUCCGGGAAGCACCGCCAGCUGCGGGAGGACUCCAUCAGAUCCAACUUCUCGGCAGCGUAACCGCCUCUCCUCGGAGAAGCUGGCGUCUGAAUGUGACCAAAGACUUUACGGUGGUUGCCGCUGAAGGCGAGAUGUUCUGUGUUUGUAUGCUUCAUUGUUUCGACUUAUUAUAACUCAGGACCGUUUUACAGUCACAAAGCACCACUCCGCUCAGACUCACAAAAGUAAAGUUUGUACAUGGAAAGGUUUGGCUGUCGUGCUCAGCUCGUAUGGCGGUUCAACGCCACCGAUUGAUGUUUGAAGGAACAAAGUAGAGCUGAAGGGAUCCAGAUCUAAACUCAGCACAUAAAGUCAGGAAAUGUGUGUUUGGUAGAUUAUUUUCGAGUUGUUAGGAUGUUUCUGGAAAAUAGAUUUUACACUGUAAGAAAAUCUCUUUAUUUCCCUUUCAAAUGGUGCCAGAUUGGUAAGAAACAUGCAUUUGUGGGAUGUAGAGCAGACCUGAGGACUUGGGUUUUGGCUGUGGAUCUUCUGGAUCAGACAACACAAUUCUGCCACAGACUCUUGUUUUAUUUUGGCCUCAGGGACCUCCAGGGUCAGCCAGCAUGCCUGUUUGACUGAAGGACAACUUCAGGUUGAUGCAAGACCUCAGAGGUGGAAAGAUUCACCCUCUUAUAGCUAUUUAAGUGGGCGUGUCGUCCAGAGUUUGUCUUCAUCGCAAAGCUUUUUUGAAUUUUCUGAGUGUGUCACUGUCUAACGGGGCAUUUUUAACAGUACUGCAGUACAUUUGUUAGUACUGUACUGUACAGUAGAUUAUUUAUAACAAGACUUCAGUAUUUUUGCAAAAACCAGAGUAACUUAGGCAUCAACAUACUGUUCAGUGUGUACUCUAUAGUAAUUUCAACAGUAUUUUUGGCAGCACAAGAGUAUUUUGGAGAAUCCCUCUAAUAGAUACUGCAGUAUUUAUCAUAGUACUCUAUUCUUUGAAACAGUAUUUUGGUAUUUAUGACAUUUAACAGUCCCGUAAUGUUUCUGAUGGUAUUGUAGUAUUGAUAUCGGUACCUGUGAUGGACCAAGUGGUCGCCCUGCCUCGGGAUGCGGUCAGCCCGGACUUUGUUGGAAGGUUUGGAAAAGAAACAGGUGGAAGUUUGAAGUUUGUUCAAAAAAUGAAUACCUUUAUUAGGAACCUUUGAUUUCCAUAGAUUCAAAACAAAAGCAUUUACUUCCAGCCUCUCUGCAGGCUGGCAGACUCUCUGUCGGUCUCUCCUCUCAGUCUCCCAGGCCGUCCUUACGUAAUACCACAGUAACAGUAUUUUUUACACAUACUGCUUGUUGUUUUACUAAUGAGCUUCAGUCAUCUAAAACAAGAGUACAAACCUGAAUGAACACAGGAGCCCACACCCACAGUGCCGAUACUCAUCCCGCAAAUGCAUGAGGCUCCAUACCAAGUGGAAAUAAUCUGAUUAAUUUCUGAGAAUCCAGAAAGACGCAAUCAAACACAAAGCUUCUGACUCUCAGUGCUGCGUUUCUGUCUAUAAGCUACUGAUACUAAGCUACUGAUAUUUGAAGGUUUUCACUUCCUCAUAACCUUGCUGCCGUCCUGCGGCCUCCAUACAAUCCUUAUUUAUGAACUCCUAAUGGAGCACAUUGCUCCGGCAUUGGCUCACGUAUCAUCUCUUGUAAUACCUUUAGAUGGGCUCAUUUAUAGUAUUUUCUUUUGAAUUUUGUAGUGAUGGUCAGAGGUGCUGCCUGUCUGCAGAAGAACGAUGGUUUGACCUUGUGUUGGAAUAUUCUGUAUUAAUGAAAAUAAAUUAUUCUCUAACAUUUUGUUAACGAUUGA